UAGAAGGCUAAAAAAUUGUACCCCAGUCUCAAUUGUAAUUGCAAUGGCAAGAGAAGGUGACGAAAGUAAUGGCAUUCGGGUCAAGGGGAUGCAAUUCGGGUACGACAUACAAAUCCCGUUAUUUGUUGACUUCACCCUCGACAUCUCUCCCGGAUCUCGAUGCCUCCUCGUCGGUGCCAAUGGAUCUGGAAAGACAACAUUGCUGAAGAUUUUGGCCGGAAAACAUAUGGUUGGUGGAAGAGAUGUAGUGCAGGUCUUAAAUUGUUCAGCAUUUCAUGACACACACCUGGUUUGUAGUGGGGACUUGUCCUAUUUGGGAGGAUCCUGGACAAAAACAGUGGGCUCUGCAGGUGAAAUUCCACUUCAAGGAGACUUCUCUGCUGAGCAUAUGAUAUUUGGAGUUGAAGGGAUUGACCCUGUAAGACGUGAGAAGUUGAUUGAUUUGCUUGAUAUUGAUUUACGAUGGCGGAUGCACAAGGUUUCUGAUGGCCAGCGACGCCGAGUUCAAAUAUGUAUGGGGCUUCUUCAUCCUUUUCAGGUUCUUUUGUUAGAUGAGGUUACUGUUGACCUUGAUGUUGUUGCAAGGAUGGAUUUGCUAGACUUCUUCAAGGAAGAGUGUGAGCAGAGAGGAGCUACAAUUGUGUAUGCAACACACAUUUUUGAUGGACUGGAGACAUGGGCCACGGAUCUGGCUUACAUACAGGAUGGAGAAUUAAGGAGGACAGAUAAAUUAUCUGAGCUUGCUGAGUUAAAACACGCUGCUAAUCUGCUUUCGGUGGUCGAGUCUUGGCUGCGCUCUGAAACCAAGAUAGAGAAAAAGAAACCUGUCAGUAAUUCAUCCCAAGUCAGGAAGUCAUCUCCUUUCGAUUCUUCUCCUUUUAGAUCAACCAGACACAUGGCUUACUACCGUUGAUAAUACUCGGUUACUACUUUGCCGUGGAACAGAAACUUAAUAGCUACAAAUUAAAAAUUUAUCGUGUGGACUCCAUCAGCCAGGCAGUAGUAAAGUUCUGGUAAGAAAUAACCUUCUGCCAUCAAACCUAUGCAAUAUUGGGUGAUAUUAUUCCAACCUAAAGCAUCACACAACUUUUCUACAUCAAUAUAGAGUUAUACUUGGCCUAACUUUGAGGAAACUCAUCGCGUUAAAGCCCCCUAAGAAUAUUCUUCGUGUCUGAGAUAUUUUACUUCAUUUUAUCUGAAAUUGUUACAGAAUCAAGUGUGUCGUGUCUGUUAUAUUAUACUAUUGCAAGUUUGCUGGUGAAAAAUUGUAUGAUCUUCCAUCGAGUUCGGCGGAAAAUUGUAUGAUCUGCCAUUGUCUUGUUUGUUUACAUCUGUAUUGUAUGUACACAGAGUACCUUCAUAUAUUUUGUCUAGCUCUGAAGCUCUCUAAAGCUCACUUGUACACUAUUCAGAUGCUCUUUAUUCGAUUUCUUUAUUUUGAUAUGAAUAAAGCAUGUCAUGAUUCUUCUUUAGCUCA